GCAAAGUUGGAAGUUCGCGCACCGAGGCGCUUGGCGUUGUGUGGGAAGUGAGACUGGGGAGGACGGAGCCACCGAAGACCACUCUUAAGAAAAGGCUUCGUAAUUCAACAGCUUGUCGGUCUCCCCAUCUCAUACCCACCACCGCCACACAUGCAACAACGUGGAGUACUGUAUUUUUUACAGAACGCCGAGAAGCAAAGGACGGUCUUGCUUUUUCUUUUAUCUCUGCUACCAACAUGAGCGUCAGUCCGGACUCCUUCACCUCCCCCAACCCGUUCCACAUCUGUAACAUCUGUCAGAAGGUGAUAAGCAAAAAGGAAAAUGGCGUCCGUGUGCCUCGACCCUUCUCCAGUGGACCCAGUGCCUUCAUUCCAAAGGAGGAGUUCGACGAGGCGUCGACCGUCGACCCCCUCACGGAGCAGCUGCUGGCCGAAGCGUUCUCCUCCGGGGGCUGCGUGGACCACCUGACCCAGGUGAUGGGACUGCACUCCCCUUACCUGGAGUCCUUCCUGCACAGCCAGUUCUACCUGCUCCGGAUGGACGGACCGCUGCCGCUGCACUGCCGCCAUUACAUCGCCAUCAUGGCAGCAGCACGUCACCAGUGUUCCUUCCUGGUUACCCAACAUGUGAGGGAGUUCUACAGGAUUGGGGUGUGUCUGGACUGGCUGAAGGGCUUGCAGUACGCCCCGCAGAGAUUGAGGAACCUCAACGAGAUCAACAAGAUCCUGGCUCAUAGGCCUUGGCUGAUCACCAAGGAGCACAUACAGAACUUGGUGAAGACAAGCGAGCACAGCUGGUCUCUAGCGGAGCUGAUUCACGCCGUGGUCCUGUUGGCCCACUUCCAUGCCCUGGCCAGCUUCGUGUUCGGCAGUGGCAUCAACCCGGAGAUGGAGCCCCAGAACGCCAACAGUUUCCAGUCCGUCUACAUUAGUAACUUCUGUUCGUGUGACCUAGCCAGCGACCAUCAUCUGGACCGCGACGGCAUCUUCAGCAGCACCAGCCCAGGGAGCACCGACUCUGUCAGUGAGUUGGAGGCGCUGAUGGUGAGGAUGAAGAGACUGCAGGAGGAGAGAGAGGAGGACGAGGCCUCCCAGGAAGAAAUGGCCACCCGCUUCGAAAAGGAGAAGAAAGAGAGCCUCCUGGUGGGGUCUGGAGAUUUCGAGGAUGAGGUGAUGCCCAUAUCGAAAGUGUCCCGUUUCGUGGAGGAUGCCACCUUUGGAUACCAAGACUUUGCCCGGCGUGGGGAGGACAACCUGCCGACGUUUAGAGCACAGGAUUACUCCUGGGAAGAUCACGGAUUCUCCCUGGUGAACAGGCUGUACUCGGACAUCGGCCUCCUGCUGGACGAGAAGUUCCGAACGGCGUGCGACCUGACCUACUACAACAUGGCCAGCCACGAGGACGUGGACACCACCAUGCUUCGAAGGGCUCUCUUCAACUACGUCCACUGCAUGUACGGCAUCAGGUAUGAUGACUACGACUACGGGGAGGUCAACCUGCUGUUGGAGCGCAGCCUGAAGGUUUACAUCAAGACCGUGACUUGUUACCCGGAGAGGACCACGCGCCGGAUGUACGACAGCUACUGGCGCCAGUUCCGCCACUCGGAGAAGGUCCAUGUCAACCUGCUUCUGAUGGAAGCCAGAAUGCAGGCAGAACUAUUAUACGCCCUGCGCGCCAUCACCCGCUACAUGACCUGACCAACCCGUCAACUGUCGACUCCGGUUUGACCGAUGCCAGCCCCUGUCCUCUCCACCACACCUUCCUGACAAGUCACAACUGUCCUUGGAACAGGAAGCAGAACUGUUUGUGUGUCUGUGUCUGUCUGUGUCUGUUUCUCUCUGUCUUUCUGUAUGGCAUGUGCCUUUAACGUUGGCCUUUUCUAGCUAGAUAGAGACACCUUUUUUAAAGUGUAGUGCAAUAUAUUGUAGAGAUUCCCCUCCAAAUGACGAAAUAUGCUAAGAUGAAAGAAAUCCUGUAAAGUGUAUGCAGAAAUGGGCGCGAUACAGGAGAGCACAAGUUUGUCUGUUCGUUCCUCCACUUAGCUACAUCCCAAGCUACUCCAUUCAGAGGGAGGAUUUUGAAUAGCCGUUAACAGUGUUAAAGAACUUUUGAAUAUAUCACUGAAUGUGUGCCUUGAUUUGGGACUGUCUCUACGACAUCAGAAAUGAGAUGAUCCAUUUAUCUUGAGAUCUGAGAGAGAAUUACUUUUGUUGAGCUCUUGGAUUUGUUUAAAAGUGCAAUAUAUGUUUUCUGUUUUUUUUUAAAUAGAUUUAUAGAUUUUAUAAUGAUCGUUCUGUAACUGAAAGGCCAGGACAGAAAACACCAACGGUCUUUUUUUUAUGUGGAUUAACAUCAUUGUCGUUAAUCUGACAAAUCACAUGAAUGAAUGUUAAAGAAGUAUUUCUCUGCAUUGCUUACUUCAUGCACCACGAAGCCCAUCCUGACCUUAAAGUCUUUGUUCCAUGUCUACAAAUAUUCCAUGAUGGAAUGUGAACCAGGACAUAUUUUAAGAUCUCCGAACAGGUUAAUCAAAUAUGGCAAUUGCUUUUAUGAUGGAUCUUUAAAGACAAGCCUGUAGUGGAGUUUGUGUUUAUUUUCCACAUUUACCAAAGAAUGUACAGAGUACGGAUGAUAAAUCAACAAUAGGAAUACUUCAAAUCUAAGAUAAGCUAGGCGUUCUUUUUAUUUGGUUUUAUAAUUUUAAAUGUGUCACCUUGCAAGGGAAAUUCUGCCGUCUUCUAAGUGUUUGAGUGACAAGCACUGGAUGCUUAUAUCUUGUCCAGUCUACGGUUGUGAAACCAUGAUUCUUUUGUGAAUGAUUACUGCUCUUUGCACAUGUGUAUCUGCAAAUUAUGGACCCAGCUACUGAUGCCUGUGUGAAUCAGCUCAAGCAGAUCUUUACUGUUAAAAAAUAUGUUGUAAUUCCCAGUUAGAAAAUGAUUGCAAUGUAUUGCAUACUUUCUUUCAAAUGUAGACUACUGCUUAUGACAUUUCAUUGUAAUUGUGUAGCAGUCUUUCAUAGCCAUCACCAAGAUAUGAUCACCUGGCUUGUGAGUUUACUUGUGUACGUAAAAUGUGAAGUGUCAGAAGUAUUGAAUUAUGUUGCCAACAUAGCAUAUGUGAAUGCUGUCAUUUACUAAAAAGGUUCUUACAUGUUUGUUAGUAACUUUCAGACUAAGCAGAUCCACUCUAACUUAAGUCAAACAUUUAUGUUUCAUUCAUGAUAUGUUUUCCAAUAAUAGUAUCAUUAGAAAGUAAAAAUCACCACUUGAGACAAAGUUUCACUUUUAUUCUCCCAGAUUUUGUCUUUGAGGAUUGAUAAAGUAUUUAAGAUUGCAAUACAACCCAAAUGUUCUUGUGUUUGGUUGAAAUUAAAAUAAAGACUGUGCAAUCCCA